AUGGCCCGCCUCCGUUCGGUGACGCAGCACUUCAACAAGCGGCUGCUCGCCUCCGUCUUCCUCAUCGCCGUCUCGCAGUUCAACUAUGGCUUCGACAACCAGGCCCUGGCGUCGACGCAGGCCAUGGACGCCUUUGAGCGGCAGUUCGGCGACUACGACGCGGCGGCGGGGCAGUGGAAGAUCCCGACGUACUUCCUCUCGCUGCUGAACAGCCUCAACUACAUCGGCUUUGCCGCCGGUCUCGUCGUCGGCAGCUUGACCAGCGCGCGCUUCGGCCGCCGCACGACAAUGUUCGUCAUGAGCGUCUACGCCCUGAUCAGCGCGACAAUCGUCGUGACGUCGACGACCAAGGAACAGAUCCUGAUGGGCCGGAUCCUCAACUACGUGUAUGUCGGCUUCGAGCUGUCCGUGGUCCCCGUGUACCAGUCCGAGAUCGUCCCGGCCCCUGUCCGCGGAAUGGUUGUUGGAACCUACCAACUCGCCAUCGGCCUCGGCGGUCUCGUCAUCAACUCCAUUUGCCGCGCAACCUCGAGCUUCCAGGACAGCCGGGCCUACAGAAUCCCCUUUGGCCUCUUCUACGUCAUCCCCACAAUCGUGAUUUGUCUUAUUUGGUUCAUCCCCGAGUCCCCCCGCUGGCUCCUCCUCCGAGACCGCGUCGAAGAGGCCCGAAAGGCGCACUACCUCCUCCGCGAGGGCACGAUGCCCGACGCAGACAUCGACCACGAGUUCGCCAAGAUCCAGCAGUCCCUGCUCGAGGAGCCCGAGCAGGGGCGCACCAAGGAGCUCUUCCAGGGCGUGAACCUCCAGCGCACCGCCAUCGCGGCCGGCAUGUCCUUCUUCCAGCAGGCCACGGGCCAGGCCUUCGCGAGCCAGUACGGCACCGUGUGGGUCAAGUCCCUCGGCACGCUGAACCCCUUCGACGUGACGCUUGGGUCGUCGGCCCUGUCGAGCGGGAUGAUAAUUCUGUGUUUGUUUCUGGCGGACCGGGUCGGGCGACGGAAGAUUCUCUUGUUGGGAUCUGCAGUCCAAGCAGUCGCCCUCUACACGAUGGCCGGGCUCGGCGUGCCGAAUCCGGUCCCCCGUGCGAACAAGUCCGGCAUGGUCGGCAUGCUCCUCCUGUUCGGAGCAGGAUUUGGCUUGGGGUGGGGGCCCAUGACAUACGUGGUGGUUACUGAGGUGCCGGCCCUCCGGCUGCGCGACCGUUCCCAGCGGGUCUCGUCCCUCGUCAACAUCUUCAUGAACUUCCUCGUCAACUUCACCCUGCCUUACCUCCUCAACGCGCCGUACGCGGCACUCCAGAGCAAGGUCGGCUUCAUUUUCGGGAGCAUCGCCGUGUGCUCGGCCCUGUUCGUCUUCUUCUGCGUGCCGGAGUGCAAGGGGAGGAGCCUGGAGGAGGUCGACCGCAUGUUCCACGAGGGCGUGCCUGUGAGGCACUUUGGGGACCAUCCCACAGAGGAGACUCGGGUCAACGUCGAUAAAGUGACGGAUGAGGAGGACGGCACCGAGCAGCAUCUGGCAAAGGAAGUCAAGUGA